GCGCCGGAGGCCGGGCCGGGAAGGGCGGUGCUGGCAGCUGGGCCGGGCCGAGCCGAGCCGCCGGCAGCAGCGCCGGGCGGCAGGGCAGCCCGCAGCAUGUCGCCUCUCCGCGUCUGCAUCGUCGGCUCGGGGAACUGGGGAUCAGCCAUAGCAAGAAUCAUUGGCCAAAAUGUCCAGAAAUCCAACAGAUUUGAUCCUACUGUCAAGAUAUGGGUAUUUGAAGAGAUCAUUAAUGGAAGAAAACUCACAGAAAUCAUCAACCAGGAACAUGAAAAUGUUAAAUACCUGCCUGGAUACAAGAUACCCAAAAAUGUGGUGGCUGUACCAGACGUGGUUGAAGCAACAAGUUGGGCAGAUAUUUUAGUGUUUGUUCUGCCACACCAAUUUAUUGGACGAAUCUGUGAGCAGGUUGCAGACCACAUAAAGCCCGGGACAUUUGGGAUUUCCCUGAUCAAGGGGAUUGAUGAGGGUCCCGAAGGCCUGCAGCUCAUAUCUGACCUCAUUCGAGAGAAACUGAAAAUAGAAAUCAGCGUGCUUAUGGGGGCCAACAUAGCCAAAGAAGUGGCUGACGAGAAGUUCUGUGAAACCACCAUUGGCUGCAAAAAUGAAAAACAAGGGGAAAUCUUUAAAGAAUUAAUGCAGACCCCCAAUUUCAGGAUUACCGUGGUGCUUGACUCUGAUACAGUGGAGAUCUGCGGAGCCUUAAAAAACAUCGUGGCAGUGGGAGCUGGGUUCUGCGAUGGACUGGGUUUUGGCGAUAAUACAAAGGCGGCAGUGAUACGCUUGGGCCUUAUGGAAAUGGUGGCCUUUGCCAAGAUGUUCUGCAGGGGACCGGUAUCAAUAGCCACUUUUCUGGAAAGCUGCGGGGUUGCUGAUCUAAUCACUACCUGCUACGGGGGACGCAACAGAAGAGUAGCAGAAGCCUUUGCUCGCACAGGAAAAUCCAUUCAGGAACUGGAAAAUGAGAUGCUGAAUGGACAAAAGCUGCAAGGUCCUCAGACCUCAGCUGAAGUCUACAAGAUUCUGAAACAGAAAAAUAUGCUCGAUAAGUUUCCAUUAUUUACAACCAUCUAUAAGAUCUGCUACGAGGGUCUACUGAUUCAGGAUUUCAUCGCGUGCCUGCAGAACCACCCAGAGCACCUUUAGAGAUCCCCUCUCCUCACCUGGUUGCAGUCUCAUCUUCCCAGGACUUCUGUCAACUCCACGGCGAAUAAAGUAGAGGAAUAGGCUGUGUGGCAGUGCUUGCUGUAAAAGCAACAAAGAAUGUAUUUACGUAUCCCCAUUGUGGGGGUAAAAACUGCCUUUAAGUUUAAUGCUAUACCCAACAGGAAAUGAAUGUAAAAUUUAACAGUAUUUGAGUUACUAAUGUGGCAUUUCCUACACUUACCUUCUUGUCAAUUGAAAACAGUUCCCAUUGUAAGGAACUCAGUCCAGCUCAUGUGAAGAUCUACAUUUUGCCUACUAAUAUUGCUUACAGAAGAGCACAAGAUCCAGAAGAACUGAAGGACUCAUCCAAACAGACAAGCUACAGUACAAAAAAAGGUCUGACAGCAGCAAAACGCAAUCACACGGGCAAAUGUUGAGUUCCCGUAAUUCCCCUCAAGCACAAACAACAUUUUAUACUUUGUGUCAUUUAUUCCUUCCUGGAUUUCAUUUCCCAGUGUAGGCUUUUUUUGAAAACUGUGCAUCACCACUGUGUUCAGACCCACAUGAAUGUUCAGCUGAUGUAGAUAUAAAACAGCUUUAGGGGCUGGGCAAAGGAGAGAAGAGGGUUUUCUUGCAGGGAAAUGUUUGCUUCAUUCAGGAGACUAAGAAAUCUCAUCAGUAGCCUGACCUUUGUUAAACUUAUUGUACUCCAUUGAAACACAGAUAAAACAGUGGGAAUAACCAAAUACAUUUGUGUUAGGGUCAGGAUUUCUCAGCAAGUCAUUGUCAUAAAUUGGUAGAAGCUGGGAGGGAAGAAGUGGAGGUUGAGAGGGAGGGUGUAUGCACAACCCAGCCUGCAGCUUGUGCAGUGCUGCUGUUCUGAAGACACAACCAGUAACAGUGAACCCCCCCAUGAUACUUGACUUUUUAUACAUGCAUGAAAAUGACCGCUGCAGACGCACAGAAAUGCUGUAAAGCUUGCAUCUGACGCUGGGUUGCGUUUUAACUCUGCUGGGAAGCACCACCGGGCUGAUACCAGCACAGCUUCCCACAUUGUCCCAGGCUGAGGAAUAAUGCCUGACCCUGCUGUAGCUUAAGCACCCCAUCUCACAGCUGGGGAGAGGGGAUCUCUCUCCCCUCCUGAAUUUUAAACACACUGGUUCAUAGAGCAGGGGUUUUGUUUUGCUACUGCUAGCGCUGAUUUUAGAACAUUAAACAUUUUUAAACCUCAUAGCUGCACUUGGGUAACUUUACAUACCUGGUGUUUUUCACAGUUAAAGCCAUCUAUAGAAUGAACAGUGGCACAUUUUAUAAGCUUUGAUACCCUUUUAAAAGAGUCCUAUUUUGAGACAAGUCAAACAAAAAGGAAGAGUAACCUACUUAUGCUUUGCUUUAUCCAAUUUUCCAGAACAGCAGAAAGGAAGGCAAGCGGGGUUUUUUAAUCUCUCUAUGUAUUUGCUGACAUAUUGCUUAGGGGAAAGAGAAAAAGCAAAAAAAAAAAGCUAGAUUAUAAAAUCAUCUUUACUCUGCAUUUUAGAGGAGUGUUGUUAUCUCUUGCACGUUUAUCAGAGUAAUAUAUAUAAAUGUACUGUAAUUAUAAAUCUGUUGUACAAAGCUCAGUCUGCCAGCCAGCUCGGGUACCAGAAAGUGCAGCGGCACUGAUCGCUGCUGCAGAGCAGUGAAGGCAGCUCUGUAUCUGGUCGCAGCCACCAGAGACAACACCACCAUUCCUUCUGCUGAAUUGGGAACCAUAGCCAAGUUCUUCAUGCAAAACUGGGAAUGGUGACCUCUCAUUCCAAGUUGAUAAAGACUUGAAUAUUGCAUAAUGUUUAAGCAUCAAAUACACAGAAAUGGGAUAGAGAAUUCAGGAACCUCCCCUCUUCUACAGCAGGCUGAACUUCUGAUAAGUCAUGUACGAGCUAAUAACAACACAGAACAUUUCAAAUGUAAAGUGUAUCAAAUAAUGGUUUAAUAAAGUGAUCGUUAUGCAGACUUAAUGUCAUUUCAUGUUUCAAAAUUCGCUCAAAAAUGACUGUUGCAGUAGUGGUCCUCUAUUGUGUUUAUUCCUGUGGUUAAUAAUCAUCAGCUUAAAUGAAAGCACAAGAAGAAUCAAUUUUCUAAAGACAUUUUAUUGAUGAACAUUUUUCCCUUCUCUUGAAUGAUAUACAUUUUUUAAACAAUAAAAUAAGGAAAUAUUGACUCCAUAAAUAACAAAAAUUAGCCCUUAUAUCUCAAUCCCAUCAAAAUCUAUGUAAAAUAGUUUGUUCUGUAUUUACAUUCUGUACUAAAAUAGGAAACACAUGUUCAAGGUCAGCCAGUUCUCUCAUGACAGUUGUUUUAUCUCCAAGCUAAGCUUCACAUUAAAAAGGCAACAUUUGUGUUUUGGAAGUCUGGUAGUAUAAGAUCACAUUAUUCAGCUUACAAAUAGACCCAAAUCCUGAAGACUGUUACAUCUUGCAGGGGAAAGACCGUGACCUGCUCAGCCAGCUGAAAGUCACACCUAGGAAGUCCUCUGUAAUUAACCUACGUGCAAAGUCAUGACAGUCUCCCACGAUCUCAACUUGUUUCAAGGGCAAUGGGUUUCCAGCUUUUCAGUGUGAUUUCACUUGCUGCAUGCUCCUCAUCAUAAUUAUUUGGAAUGUUAGAAAAAUGUCUUCCUAAAAUAUGACUUGCCUCUACUUCUAAUUGAGCCACUACAGAUUGGAACUACAGGGGUAAAGAAAAAGGACUGCAAGACUAAUUUACUUCCAUGAGCAAACACGGAGUGUUUUAAAAAACUAAACCUGUGGGCAUUACACACUGAACAUGUUUCUGCUACAGACAAGGUAACUCCUUCACCUCUGAGCACCAUCUCCAGGGCUCGUGCUGCCCCACCUGCACUGGUGAACACACAAAGGAGUGUUUGGGCUGUAUUUCAGAGUUUUCACACAUCAGAGAUGCAUUAGGAUGGACUUGCCACAAUGGGGGUCAGGACGCCUAAAGUAGCUGCUUGCAAGCUUUGUAUUUAUUCAAAGCCAAUAUCGGCUUUUACAGGGCAAGCUAUGCUUAAGGCUACAUAACUGAUUAGUUUAAGCUACAGUUGCAGCUGUGUUCUACAGUCAGAAAUGGCUUAUGCUUCCUACUGUAUUUAUUUUGCUCUUAAAAACCUGAGAUGUGUUUUUACUUCAUUUUAAGAUUUGGAAGCUCACAGCAGUCUACAAGCUUAAGUCAAACAGAACUGAGGUAGUCAGUUUUACUCAAAUACGCUUCUUGACAGUCACCAAUUCACUCUCACUUUAACUUGAACUCAACACAUCUCUUGGCAGUUCCAACAUGGCUACAGCUGCUAUUGCACUGACAGGACAGAAAGUGUUGGAUUUUGCUGGCUAAAGCACCUUCCUUGCCUGACUCCCCAAAGCCACAUCCAGUUCUGCAGUUCACAGCCAGUUGAUGGGCUGCACAUCAAGGAGUUAUGACUGAUAUUUCAGAUUAUUAAGGCAGUAAUAGUUUUACUUCACUGAUGCAGCUACUCAGCUAAGCCAGGUGAACCUGACUGUAAGAGCUCUGACAGGCAGGCAGGUAGGUUUUCCCCUGAGGGUGCAACACACUUAGGCCUCUUCCUUUAGAGCAUGCAUACAAUUCAGAAGUAGGUGAGCACUGAGUUUUUGAACCAUCUCCCAGUAAUUCUCAUGAAGAGAGAAUAAAAGAAAAACCCUCAAGAUAAACAACUGUGUUGAAGACAAAAAAAAAAUUCAAUUAAAUACGACAAAUUUCACACUUACACAGACAGGAGACCAGCAUAUCAAAUACUGAGCACAAUAAAUUAACACCAGUAAAAAAGUUUAACAGUUAUAAAGUUAACCAGAAAGUUCAGACAGUGCAAAUAUUUCACAGUAAGAAAAAAUAAGCAAUAAUUUCUUUUCAAGUAUCAAAAGCAUUGUUUUUUUGAGUGAUACCAUUUAAACUGUAUUAUUGCACAACAGACAAAAAAAUACAACAUCAACCUCUGGGACCUAAGAUGUAUUCUCAAACCUUUCUGUUUUCAAGGAAUCAAUUGACACUGACUGCUGAUUGUGCAUAUAUUAAAAUAAUCAGUGUUCACUUAUUAA